AUGGCUCGGAAACAAUUCAAAAUUGGCCGCAAGAAUAUGAGCGGACACUAUGAUGUCGAGUCAACCGACGGACAACACCUCUACUACGUGGACAUGUGGAGUCUUGGCUCCGGAAAGCCCGACUUGACCAUGCAUGACGGCCCAGAUAACAAGUCACCUAUCGUCGCUGUGUCCCACAUGCCUGCUCUGUCCAACAGCUUCAAAAUUGGCCUCGGUGACCUGUCGCACCUCGAUGCAAUGAUCUGGGAGGAACUUGCCAAGGAGCGCCUCACAAAGUCCGGAUGGCGCUGGGCGACGGAUCUACCCGACGGCACGAGAACACACCUCAUCUGGAAGCGCACCAAGUCCGCUGCCGUCCAAGGCAUGACGGUGCCGUCGAUGAGCUCCCGCAACUUCAAGCUCCAGGACGCACUAACGAGCGAGGUGCUCGCCGUCUUCACGAGCGAGAGGACGUACAGGACGUGCGGCGUGCUGCAGGUCAACGUGGAACAUGGGCGCGCCUUCGACCUAAUGGUGCUGGCAUCGUGUCUGACAUUGUACGAAGAGUCGCGACGCGAGGCCCAGCGGUCGUGGUCAGGGGGGUCGUAGGACAUCGUGGUGUGGUAUGCUCUGUACAACUUCUGAUGUUACCGCAACCUCGUGCAUGGUCUUCGGGCCCCUGGGAUCAUGUCAUACAUGCCAUGCCAGCGGGAUUUGAAAUCAACGAUCGCCGGAAGUCAAAGCUUGCCUGAGUGCUUGUCGCAUGGUUGCGCGUAUCUUCUCAACGCGACAUCAGAUCAAUAUCGUAUUGUGUUGUGG